AUGUCCGACUCUGGAUACACUUCUCAUACCACCAUCUCCCCCGCUAUCCUCUAUUGGGGAACCCCCGUCGCCAUCGUCUCCACCACAAACCCGGACAACUCCCCGAACCUCGCCCCCAUCUCCUCCAUCUUCUGGCUCGGCCACCGCUGCAUCAUCGGUCUCCAAUCCACAUCCCAAACCACACAAAACAUCCUGCGCACAUCUCAAUGCGUCAUCAACCUCCCAGACGACACCAUGUCUUCUUCCAUCAACGCGCUUGCUCGCACCAUGGGCACGCCCGACGUUCCGACUGACAAAGUGGGCAGAGGGUACAGAUAUGUGAAGGACAAGUUCGGUGUGGCGGGGUUGAUGGAGGCAAAGUCGGACCUCGUCGAGCCGCCGAGGGUGAAGGAGUGUCCGGUACAGAUGGAAGGCGAGGUGGUUAAGAGGUUUGGGUUGAUGGAGGAUAUGGAUACGGAGGCGGCGAGGACGUUCAUCACGUUGUUCGAGGUCAAGAUUCUUACGGUGCAUGUGUGGAAGGGACUGGUCUCGAAGGAACACGCGAACAGAAUCGACGCGAACAAGUGGAGGCCUAUGAUCAUGAGCUUCUCGAGGCUGUAUGGGUUGAAGGACGGAGAGUUGGAACAUUCAGUGUUGGCGGAGAUCGACGAGGAGAAGUAUAGGGUUGGAGAUUUAUAG